CAAAACGUCCCAAUGGUUCAAUCCUAUAUGAGUGGAAAGGUUUUUGGUACCCCCCAACAAGUCUAGAAGAAGUCAUGGCCACUCACAAACACUUGUCUUCUCAGUCCACAGACAUAGUCCUCCUUCCUUCCCCAAAACAGGGCACCACUUGGCUCAAGUCACUCCUCUUCUCCAUCAUGCACCACGGUCCAAGCCCUCAAGAACACCAGACCCACCCUCUUCUCUCUAGGCACCCCCAUGAGCUGGUCCCAAAUCUAGAGGUGCAAAUAUAUGGAAAAAACCCCAUGCUUGAUAUCUCUUGCCUUGCUUCACCUAGGCUCUUUAACACCCACAUCUCUUAUAGCACAUUGCCAAACUCUAUUGAGGAAAGCAAUUGCAAAAUUGUUUAUGUAGCUAGAAACCCUAGGGACACCUUGGUGUCCUUAUGGCACUUCUUGGGGCACUUUUACAAAGGGCUAGAGCCCUUAAGCUUUGAAGAGACAUUUGAGUGCUUUUGUGAAGGUAGGGUUCACUAUGGGCCCUUCUUUGAGCAUGUCUUGGAGUAUUGGGAAGCAAGCAAAGAGAGGCCACACAAUGUGUUGUUUCUUGCUUAUGAGGAGUUGAAGGCUGAUACUAAGGGUGGGGUGAAGAGGAUAGCUGAGUUUUUGGGGAGGCCCAUUGAGAGGGAGGAAGAGGUUGAAGGGAUAGUGGAGAUGUGUAGUUUUGAGAGGCUUAGUAAUUUGGAGGUCAAUAAGAGUGAGGAGAAGGCAAAGUGGGGGCCUUGUUUGCCCUACAACUCUGUGUAUAGGAAGGGUGUGGUGGGGGAUUGGGCUAACUAUUUUACACCUGAGAUGAUUGAGAGGCUUGACGAGAUCACUAGAGAAAAGCUCGAAGGGUCAGGUGUGGAGUUCAGAUUUUGCUGAAACAAAACAGGGGGAAAGUGUAACAUAUGAGCAAAUGGCCUAGGGGAAGUUCAAAGUACAGUGGCCGUCACCAUUUAAGAAGGGUGUCGUUUGUCUACGGUUGAGGCUCUAAACAAUCAAAG